AUGCGCAGUGGGCGUCCUAAAGCCAGCACCCAUCAGCUGGUAAUUGUAUUUGGGGGUUCUGGGGCCUUUGAGUGCCCGUGGCCGAAGCAGGAGGAGGAAGCCGAGGAGGUUGGGGUGACGGCUUAGCAAACUGCACAGCCCACCAACAUCUGAUGAAAUUAGUGUAUAAGCAAGUCCACCAUGUCUUACACUCCAGGAAUAGUUGGUGACUCCACCCAGCUGGCCCAGCGAAUCUCUUCCAAUAUCCAGAAGAUCACACAAUGUUCUGUGGAAAUACAGAGGACUCUGAAUCAACUUGGAACACCUCAAGAUUCACCUGAACUGAGGCAACAGCUGCAACAGAAGCAGCAGUAUACUAACCAACUUGCCAAAGAAACAGAUAAGUACAUUAAAGAGUUUGGAUCUCUGCCCACCACCCCCAGUGAACAGCGUCAAAGGAAAAUACAGAAGGACCGCCUAGUAGCUGAGUUCACAACAUCACUGACAAACUUUCAGAAGGUCCAGAGGCAAGCUGCUGAGAAAGAGAAAGAGUUUGUUGCUCGAGUGCGAGCCAGUUCCAGAGUAUCUGGUGGUUUUCCUGAGGAGAGCUCAAAAGAAAGGAAUCUUGUAUCCUGGGAAAGCCAAACUCAACCUCAAGUGCAGGUGCAAGAUGAUGAAAUUACAGAGGAUGACCUUCGCCUUAUUCAUGAGAGAGAGUCUUCUAUCCGGCAACUUGAAGCGGAUAUUAUGGAUAUUAAUGAAAUAUUUAAAGAUUUGGGAAUGAUGAUUCAUGAGCAAGGAGACAUGAUAGAUAGCAUAGAAGCCAACGUUGAAAAUGCAGACGUGCAUGUUCAACAAGCAAACCAGCAACUGUCAAGGGCAGCAGACUAUCAGCGCAAAUCCAGAAAAACCCUGUGCAUCAUCAUUUCUAUCCUUGUCGUCGGAUUGGCAAUUAUUGGUUUUAUUAUAUGGGGAGUGAAAAGCUAAAAUUAUAAAGGAGUACACUGUUGCACUACAUUAUCUAAAUUAUGUAGGAAGGUUCCUGUAAUUGUUUUUCUUAUUUUAAAGUUAUUGCAUAAAGGAUGGUUCCCAUACUUUGUUAUUUUUAUUUGAGGGGAAGUUUCCCUUGGAUUAAAUUUGAUAUUUUCUAAUACUGAAAGCUUUUCUAAAUAUCACUGCUGUCAUAAAUUCGUGUUUUUUGGUCUAAUAACUGUUAGGUUUUUGUCCAUAUUGUAUAUGUCUUUCAUUUUUUAUUUAUUUAUCCUCUUGACUUAGUUUUUGGAAUUAGUAAAUUUAACAUUGUGUAUGUUCUGUGGGCACCUAUUUCUGCCACAAUGUAACAUGCACCCAGAUUUGUGCAACUUCAAUUAUAAUACAAUUAUAAAGUUUAAUUUUGAUUUGGGCCAGCAGAGGAAAUAUUCUCAAUAAUUAAAACAUAUUAAUAUAUUUGUGUUGGCUUUUUUUUUUCUGGUUCAGAGCAGGAUAUAUUAUCUAUUUAACUUUUAUUGUUGGUUUUUUCUUAAGACCCUUGAUUACUUUGAGUGAAAUCAGUGAAUAACUUCCUACCAUAUUUCAUGUACCUGAUGUGUAUAUAGUAAGCAUUUGCUGUAGAUUGCCUAGUAAAAUACUAAGAGUGGAUUCUUCUUACACGGGCUCUGUUUAAGUCUGACAUUUACUGGGGAAUGUGUACUCACUAUAGAUGCUUAAUGUGAUUUGGAGGAAAAGUAUGGCAAAUCAGUACCAACUGUGUUCGAAUUCUAAACAUCCUAACCUGUUAUUUCACUGUGUAUUUCCACAGCUAUGUAAUGGAAAAUUACUUUUUCUUAUGUCCUAUAGAAUAAUGGCUACAUUUGGAUCCUUGGAUCAAAGUUAUUUGGGGGAAGUAACUUUUCCACAAUUACUGUUUUUCAGCACCCAGCACUUAAAAUGUAGUGUUUACCUUGCAUACCAUUUUAUAUCGUCCUUCAUUAGAAAAGGAAUUGGAUGUUUGCCAGUUAACUCACUUGCCUUUUUAAAUCGAUGUUGUUUUAAUGCACUAACCUGAACACUGUAGAGGGGAUCAUCUUCGUUUAUAAUUUGUAUUUUAUAGUGUUCUUAUAUAGCAGUUUGAUAGUGAAGGCAGUGUUUUACAUGGCAAGCUAUGAAACUUCAAAUGGGAACAAAUAAAAUAUUAAGUAACUAAGUAAAUUGUAUAUUUACAACCAAAAUAAAGAUGAUUUUAAAAGUG